AUGAUACCAUCAGUUACCUUCGCCACCAUCAUCGCCUGCACCACCAUCACCGGUAUACAACUCAAACACGUUGGAGCGCUAAGGAAAUCCAUCUCCACACGAAACAACAUCUCCACCAAAGAAAAGAAGCUGGUCAUCAUGCUGGUCAUCGUGUCCGUCAUCUUCAUCGCCUGUCUGAUGCCGACUGCAGCGACGCGCACGGCUGUUGGAAUCAUGCCAGAGCUGUCUGUCAAUGGGAACUAUUUCGACGUGGGUUUGUUGCUGUAUGAGUUGUCGUAUCUGACGGAAACCCUGACGUCCAGCGUCAACCUGCUGGUGUACUACAGCAUGAGCAGUAGAUACAAGUACACCAUCAGAUCCAUGUUUAAGUUAAAGCUUUAA